GGCUACUGGCCAGCCUUGCUCUGCUGCCACGGGACCCCGCCCCCGGCCGCCCUCAUUGGGCGCUCUGCCCGCCGGCCUCCUUCAUUGGACGCUCCCGCCCCGCCCCCGCGUGGUGUCCAGCUUUCGCCCCGCCCCCUCUGUGAAGCCCUGCCCCUUUGUGGUCGUCCUGGAGACCCUCUGUUACCUAUGUUUAUGGUUCAUAGAGCAGCGCGAAGCCGAAGGUGUAGCUGUGCAGUUCCGCCCUCUGCUGCCACUGCCACUGGGAAAGACUUCUUUGCCACUGCCGGGUCCGGCCCGGUCGGGCCAGGUCCUGCCUGGUCCUGCCUGGUCCGGCCGGGUCCGCAGCGAGCGGUCCUUCGCUAUGGACACGGUAUCAGCCACUGUAGCCGGGGUCUUCGUGUCCCCGGGCACCCCCGAGCUGCUGAAGCCCCUGUCGAAGCUGUACUCGGCCUUUGUAGACCUGCUACUGAAGCUGGUUGCAGUGUUACCUGAGAAUCUCCAGCCCGGGCCUGGAGACUUUUAUGGGCUCCCCUGGGAGCCUGUAUUGCUCACUACCUGUGUUGGAAUCCUUAUGCUUGCGAUUUUCUUGUGGAGGAAUGUUUUUCCAGUAAAAGAGAGAAUAUACCAAGGUGGGGAAAAUAAGAAGGCUCACAUGCACCAGCUGAUGGAUGUCUCCCGGACACAUCCCACAAUAUCCGUAUUUCAGAAAGAUCUCCAACUCCUGCAGUUGAAGCUGAGAGCCUCCCUGUCUGCCAAAUGUGAUCUGGAAGACCAGAUCGUGAAGCUAGGUGAGGACUGCGGCAAGCUGCAGGCAGACAAGGCCCGGCUGGAGGAGGAGUUUAGCAUGCUCCAGCAGAAGGUGGAGGUCCUGAAGGAGCUGUCCCAUCAGAAGGAGCUGGAGCUGCAGAAGAUAUUGAGUCAGGCGGAAUGUGCACAGCAGCAGUGAGAGCAGGCGCUGAUGGCUGUGGAUGAGAAGGUGGUGCCGGCCACAGAGGAGGUGAAAAUCUACAAGUGAGUGUGGCGUCCGAGACAGAGGAACUGGGCUGAGUUGCUUUGUUACAUAGAAGAGAUGGGCACAGAAGCACAUGAGAAGCCCAAGAAUGGAAUGUAUUUAACUCACACGGGGAGGGGUUCUACAUUAACAGACUGAAGCUUGUUAACAGCGAAGCUCCUUUGCAGAUGUGUCCUGUGCCCAUCUUUAGGAAAUCGGCCUGCUUCUGUCACACGUCUACACCCACCAGAGUCUCAGUGCUCCGACAGACCGGGGGCAGCAUUUUGAGUCAUUUCUUGUGGCUAUAAUUUGAGGGGAAAACUUUUUUUUUUUUUUUAUCAGUACCGGGGAUCAAACUUAGGACCGCCUGCUUGCAAGGCAGGUGCUUAUGCCUCUGAGCUAAAUCCCCAGCCCCUGAGGGAAAAACCUUUAUGGGGAAGGCAACCUUAGCCAGAUUAUUUUGAGAAUGUAAUUCAAGGACAGUUAAGGAAAUUGACAAGUUGUCAACUCAUAAUCUCUAGGCAUUAAAUGAAAAAUCAGGAAACUGAGGUUCACA